AGACCGUCUGGCGCGAGCAUUCUACAGGCUCAAGGGCCUGGAUCGAUUCGGAACGUCGGCAGCUUCCGCGCAUGGCGUCCGCGGACGAUGCUCCAGCGCUGCAGGUGGUAUCCAGCGGCGGCCCCGUCGCGGUGGAUCUAUCUGGGGUCGGCACAGUGAGCGAGCUCCGGAGGCGAGUAGCUGCCCUCAUGGAGUGUCCCGCGCUCAAGCUGAGGCUGUUGGUUGGUUGUUCGAUGCUUGAAGAUACAGCUUGCCUGGAAGCACUUGCCCCUGACGCUCUGAUCACGGCAGUCGUCGUGCCGAUAUACGUUAACAGUAAGCUGGAGUCCCUGGUCUCCACUUCUCUGGACAUAUUGAAGGCCAAUCUGAGCAAGAGCCAGCUAGCCAUGGUGAAGUCUGCCCUGCACGAUAUUCACGAAAACAGAGUCUCAGUCAGUGAAGCUUUUCACAACUUUCACAAGGGUGGAACGUUUGAAGAUUAUAAGCUAAUGUUGAAAAUCGAGGAGGCGUUCUACAAUAUUGGCCAUCACAUAGCAAUCCCCUCAAGACGGGGAUCUACAAAUCUUCUCCGUCAGGCUUAUGCGGAGGAUGUUCCAAAUUCGACGGAUUUCUCGUUUCUGAGCUAUCAAAGUGACUUGCACUCAUAUGUGAACGAUCGGGUCGAAAGCGAACUGGACACGGGGGAUUCUGAGGCACCAGAGAAAAAAGCAAGGCUCUCAACAUGACAUGUACCUUACAGCGUGGCUGCGACAAUGAUUGCUUGAAGUUUUCCGCGAGUGCUCGAGAGCAUUGCUGCUCCUCAUCCGUCUCUCCGGAUCCUUCUCAGUUCAAGAUUGCGAAGGCCUUACGGCCGGUGCCGCCGACCCUGAAGGCUGGACCUCCCCGGG